CGCCUUGAGGACUGUGGACCGCGGCUCCUUUAAGCGUCGCCGUGACACGUGUGUGAGGCGGCGGAGGCCCGGAUGGUGCGUGUGCGGGGCCCGUGCCGAGCAGACGCCAGCUCUGCGGGCCUGCAGCCGGGCCAGCGGCGGAGCCAGCUGCGGGCCUGACUCUGACACCCAUUCUGGACGACACGCUUGUGGCUCGGUCAUUGAACAGGCCAAAGCCUGGGAGCACGUGGUUUUGAGGGCCCAGCAGCACACCUGCCUAGUCUGGCCAAGCACCUGACUCCAUGCUGCAGGAAUAGCACCCCCAAGUUCAGACACCCCAGUGAUGCACCAUGCCCAUAGUCGACAAGUUGAAGGAAGCCCUCAAGCCUGGCCGCAGGGACUCGGCUGACGAUGGGGAGCUGGGGAAGCUCCUGGCCUCCUCUGCCAGGAAGGUCCUUCUGCAGAAGCUGGAGUUUGAGCCGGCCAGCAAGAGUUUCUCCUACCAGCUGGAGUCACUGAAGAGCAAAUAUGUGCUGCUGAACCCCAGGACAGAGGGAGCCGGCUGCCACAGGAGCGGGGAUGAGCCGCAGGCCAGGACACAGGGCAGCGAGCGCGCGUACGAGAGCUGCGGUGACGGCGUCCCCGCACCCCAGAAGGUGCUCUUCCCCGUGGAGCGGCUGUCGCUGCGCUGGGGGCGUGUCUACCGUGUGGGCGCGGGGCUGCACAACCUCGGCAACACCUGCUUCCUCAACUCCACCGUGCAGUGCUUGACCUACACGCCGCCCCUGGCCAACUACCUGCUCUCCAAGGAGCACACGCGAGGCUGUCACCAGGGAAGCUUCUGCAUGCUGUGCGUCAUGCAGAACCACAUCAUCCAGGCCUUCGCCAACAGUGGCAACGCCAUCAAGCCCGUGUCCUUCAUCCGAGACCUCAGGAAGAUCGCCCGGCAUUUCCGCUUCGGGAACCAAGAGGACGCACACGAGUUUCUGCGGUACACCAUUGACGCCAUGCAGAAGGCCUGCUUGAGCGGCUGUGCCAAGUUGGAUCGUCAGACGCAGGCUACGACUUUGGUCCAUCAGAUUUUUGGAGGCUAUCUCCGAUCACGAGUGAAGUGCUCCGUGUGCAAGAGCGUCUCAGACACCUACGAUCCCUACUUGGAUGUGGCACUGGAGAUUCGGCAAGCUGCAAAUAUCGUGCGUGCCCUGGAACUUUUUGUGAAACCAGAUGUCCUGAGUGGAGAGAAUGCCUAUAUGUGUGCGAAAUGCAAGAAGAAGGUUCCGGCCAGCAAGCGGUUCACCAUCCACAGGACGUCCAACGUCCUGACACUCUCACUCAAGCGCUUUGCCAACUUCAGCGGGGGGAAGAUCACCAAGGAUGUGGGAUAUCCGGAAUUCCUGAACAUCCGUCCGUAUAUGUCCCAGAGUAAUGGUGAGCCUGUCAUGUACGGACUGUAUGCUGUCCUGGUCCACUCGGGCUAUAGCUGCCACGCCGGGCACUAUUACUGCUACGUGAAGGCAAGCAAUGGACAGUGGUACCAGAUGAACGACUCCUUUGUCCACUCCAGCAACAUCAAGGUGGUUCUGAACCAGCAGGCCUACGUCCUCUUCUACCUGCGGAUUCCAGGCUCUAAGAAGAGUCCUGAGGGCUCCAUCUGCAGGACAGCCUCCUCCCUUCCCAGCCACCCCAGGGUGGUUCCAGACCACAGCAGGAAGAAUAUCAGCAAUGGGACCACAUCCUCAUCAGUGACUGGAAAGAGACCAGACCCUGUGACAAUGAAGAAGCCUCAGACCCCUGAAGAGCUCGGGGUGCCCGUUGCCAGGAAUGGCUCUGUGUCGGGCCUGAAGUCUCAGAACGGAUACACUCCUCCCAAGCCACCCCUGGGGUCCCCUUCCCCCAAGCCCUGCAAAACGCCUCCCCACGUGCCGACUGUUCUGGAUGAGCCUGGAAAGAAAGUCAAGAAACCAGCCCCCCUGCAGCACUUCUCCCCACCGCUCAAAACCUCCCCGGGGCCCCCCGGUGCCGGCGAGCUGGGCGGCAGCAGGUGUGAGGGCCGCAGGCCCGGCUCCUGGGACGGCAGGGCCACCCUCUCUACCUCACCUCGGCCCCCGGCCGCCAGGACCGCCAACGGGCUCGGGCCCAAGGUGGGUGAUGAGGGCCCAGCUGCCGAGAGGAGGGCCUCCAGCCCUGAGCACCCUGCUGGUGGUGGCCCCGCCAGGCCCCCCUCGGCACCCCAGAGUGGAGCCGCCCCUCCUGGCGAUUCUCAGGGAACCCACUCUGCCGGCCCCGCCAAGGUGCUGCUGGCCCGAGAGGACGCGGAGCUGGUGAAGGCCAAGUGCCCCGACCUGAGCAGCGCCUCCCCCGAGCCCGCUAACACCAUGUCUCCUCCGCCGGCCAAAAAGCUGGCCCUUUCUGCCAGGAAGGCCAGCACCCUGCGGAGGGCAACCGGCAAUGACCUCCGUCCACCUCCCCUCUCUCCAUCCUCCGACCUCACCUCCCCCCGGAAACCCACUCACCCCGUCGUCGCCUCCACGUGGCCUGUCAGUACAAUCCGGGCUGUGUCACCUGCUCCGAGACCAUCCAGCCAUCUGAAGCCCCCCCUUGGCCCCCACUCCCCGUCACUGUCCAGCAGCCCCCCGCCUCUCGGGACAUCAGACCCACAGAGCCACUCGCCCGCCUCUGCGCCCCUGCCUCAGGUCAACGGGGGCUUCCGGGCCCCCUCACACCAGCUGCCAGAGGCCAUCGAGCCCCCCCAGGGUCUCUGUAAGAAGAGAAAGAAGACCCGCGUGGGAGAGACCCAGGGCCAGGGCUCAGAGGCCUGCACAGCUGUGGCGGCCCCUCCAGGGCCUCCUAGGAAGAGGAGGAAGAGGAAGAGGAAGCACACGGGGGACACGGACGCCUCCCCUCUGCAGGCGGGGCGCAUGCCGGGGCCACCCUGGAGCCCCGCGCAUAGGAAGGAGGGUCGGGCGGAGCCGCUGGCGGGCAGACCGGAGGAAGAGGGCGGACAGCAGCCGGGGAACGGCUGGCCCGUGGGAUGCGUGAGCGACGGCCACCGCGUGAGCCGCAGGAAGAGGAGGAGGCAGGGAGCUGAGGGCCUUGGCGGAGAAGACGGCCUCCGCCGGGACCACCCACCUCGGCGUGGGAGCUGCUCUUCCUCAGAUGUCGUCCAGCCAGAGGCUAUUGCAGCAUCACCAAGGAAAAAGAGAAAGAAAAAAAGGAAGCAGGAGUCACAGCAGGAAGUAGAAGAGAAUGAGCCUGAGGGCCAGAGGGGCUCUGAAGUCCCUGGGAGCAGGCCAGGGACAGCUGUGAAUGGCCAGGCUCCUGGAGGCCCCACAGGGCUGGGACAGGCUCCUCUUGUAUCCUGGGACAGAGAGAGAGAAUCCGAUGUGGUCCAGGAAUUGCUCAAAUAUUCAUCUGAUAAAGCUUAUGGGAGAAGAGUUUUGACGUGGGACGGCGAGGUGUCAGCUGUCAGUCAGGACGCCAUUCAGGACAGCAGGCUGGCCCGCAUGGCCACAGUCAUUGACAACUGGGACGAAGAGUUCGACCGAGGGAAGGAAAAGAAAUUGAAAAAAUUCAAGAGAGAGAAGAAAAGAAACUUCAAUGCCUUCCAGAAACUUCAGAGUAGACGGAACUUUUGGUCUGUGACUCAUCCAGCUAAGGCUUCCAGUCUCAGCUAUCGCCGCUGAAUUUGGAGCUGUCAAGAUGGCCUCCAGAGACGCGGUCCCUUCCUGGGGACCGUCUAUCUGGACUGAAGAGCCACUUGCCGAGGACUUGCUGGCUCUGUCGGCUCCAGGCCUGCCAUGGGGGACGGCCCGCAGAGGCCCCGGGCUUCUGUGGAUCAGGACCUCUGGUGACACAACACGCACUGUGACAGACACGGGGACUCUUAGAGCAGGGGGCAGCACAGCAACUGGGACCUGAGAUGGGGCUGAGCGCCCUGUGAUGCUGUCCUGGGGCUGCGGGGGACGGCAGGGAGGACGGCGGCUGCGCCUUCCCAGUGUGACCUCGAGCUCCAGAGAUGAUGGCGUGCAGCCAGUUGCUCUUCUCGACGGGCCCUCCGUCCCCCACUCCUGGCGGCUGGCACUGCUAGCUCAUCCUGCACCUCCCGCUUCCUCAGGUGGGGGCUCUGUAUGCCUUACCUGUUCAGCCUCAGAGAGUCGGCGGCGCCCCGGGCCGGCCCCACACCGCUGCCUCUCCCUUUUAUGGAAUUGCGGGGCGGGCAGCCCUGCCAGUGCAUCUCUCUCUUGCAAGAAACUCUAGACCCUCUCUGGAGAGCAGGUGGCUGUAGUGGGGCAGGUUGGGGGCCGAAAAGAUGUGCCGACACAUCUGCUUCUCAGGCUGCUACUUGUUCCGAGGUGGCUUUGCUGGACCCUGCCUUGCAGCUGCAGUAACCCGGGGGUCCUUACUGAGGUGGUGGUCUUGGGGUAGAUUCUCUGUUUAUUUUACUACUUGAUAUAAAACAUUUAUUUUUGACCAGGCCUGUGGCUUCCAUCAGCAAUAUGUUUCCUCUCCCUAAUAUGCAAAUACUGGCUUUGUUUGCUCAAUUUUGUGAGUGCUUUUUGAAUUUAGAUGAUUGUAUUACUCGAGAAGAUCACGAUCACUCUUUUAUCUUGUUCAAGCUGUGCUGCGAACUUAUAAUUUAAUAAAUACGGAAAAGCCUCAGUGAGGUGAUACUGUCCAGAAAAAGGACGCAUGUCCCAGCGGUAGAAGGUAUGGAAGUAAAUCUGAAGAUUAUCCCUCAGCGCAUGUCCAUGCUUCCUCUCCUCUUGGUACCGCUUCGGGUGGGAGUGGACCAGUGCCUGGUCCUGUCCUUCGAGUGGUCUCCUCAGCCUGAGGCCCGAUGCACUUGUCUGGCCCCCACUUUCUUCCUCACGGAGCCUUGCCCUUUGCUCUGCUGCUUGUUCUGGGGCCUGGGGGAUCCUGGUGGUAUCGAAAAAGCGUUACAUUUUUUAUACGGGGAGCUAUGUUAAUUUUUUCAUGUGGGUCGAUCUUUAUGUUUUUUUCUUCCUGUUUUUGUAUUUCUCUUUAAAAAGUUGGGGAGAAUAAUACCAGUGGCCUGCGCUGGGGCUGCUCUGGUCCCAGCAAAUGGGAACCAGGCUCUGCCUGGACUGGCCCGGGAGCCUUUUUGUCUUCUACAGAGGACUGAUUCCUGCAUGUCAACCACACCUUGCUCAAAGCUGAGGGGCCCACCGCAGUGCCCUGUGGCUCUGUCAUUUGUCAUCUCAGGAGGGAAGGCAGGUGCCUCCGUGGGCAGGGUUUUUUCUCUUGAGAUGUUGACAUCCAUUCCUGCGUGAACUAUCUCCCCGACCAUAUUUUUAACAUGUUCUGUAGCUGAAAAAAGAAAAAUUCAGUUGUUUGCUAGCACAGAAUUGAUCUCUUUUCUCUCUCUCCCUCUUCUCCAAACAAGUCUCUUCCUUCCUCCACUAUAUAACUAUAAAGGCUUUUCCUGAGGAGAACGUACCCGUUUUCUCCUGGGCAGGGAUGAGCACUGGCCUGACCCUGCAGCAUUUAAGUAUCACUGUUAAGUAGACAAGUCCUCCCAUCCCACGGAGAAUCAUCGGCCAAACUGGGAGGGAAAGGAUAGGCCCAGAAGACGAGUCCAGAUCCUAGGUGUCCGUGUAUAAAGCUUCAAUAGUGGCAGUCUUAGACUUUGUUGACUUAGAACAUGGGUCUCAUUUAACUCACCCCUCCCAGUGGUCCUGGGUCCUGUCACUCCCUGACCCUCGGCUGGGGGCCUGCGCACACGGGGCUGGGGGCCUGCUCACACCUUGGCCCCGUGUGCGCGUCGAGUCCACGGCACAUGACCUGCACCUCCGUUCCAGGGGCUGAGGGGCCCCAGAUGUUGUCAAGAUCUGGGUGCAAUAAAACAAGGAGUUUUUGUGA